AUGUUUCCUGACAAGAAUAUCCCGACUACGGCGUUUGUUGUGGACAAGCCAGGAGCACCCUUUGUUCUUCAGGAUGUCAUUCUAGAUGAAGUCCGAGCAAAUGAGGUACUGGUGGAGAUGAAGUAUACGGGCCUUUGCCACACGGAUAUUGUUGUUCAACAAGGUAAAUUUCCUGUUGGCGAAUUUCCAGCCGUGCUAGGCCACGAAGGCGCUGGCAUCGUGCGCCGCGUUGGUGGAGACGUUAGAGACAAGUCCCUCAAAGAAGGCGAUCUUGUCUUCCUGAGCUUCACCCCCUGCAGUAAAGAUACAUGUUCACCAUGCAGUGAAGGUCGACAUGGCUUCUGCGGCGAGAAUACAGUCAUCAAUUUCAUCGGUGCGCGCGGUCUCCAUGCUUCCGAUUCACCUAUUUCCCUUGCUGGUGGGAAGGGUCCUGUUCGUGGUCAAUUCUUCGGCCAAUCUUCGAUGAGCAAGCUUGCCAUCGUUGAUGAGCGUUCAAUAGUCAAAUCUGAUCCCGCGUCUGGAGUCACGGUUGAAGAUAUGGCUUUCUUGGCUCCCUUGGGCUGCGGGUACCUCACCGGCGCUGGUACCGUCUUCAAUGUACUCAAGCCAAAGGCUGGGAGUAAGUUCGUCGUGUUUGGAAUGGGUGCUGUCGGUCUGGCCGCAAUGCUGGCGGCGCGAUCUCGAGGCGUCGAAACAGUCAUCGCCGUUGAUAUUGUCGAUGCUAAGCUCGAGCUAGCGAAGUCUCUUGGUGCAUCGCAUACACUGAACACAAAAGGUGUAUCUGAUAUUGCGCAAACUUUACUUGAGAUGUUCCCGGAUGGCAUUGACUGUGUACUCGAUACUACUGGCGUUGUGCCUUUGCUCGAGGCCGGUGUAAAAGCACUGGGACAUGAAGGCAUCCUCGCUAUAGUGGGCGUGGCUCCGCUGAAUUCCACCAUGAAAAUCGAUCCUUUGGCGCUCAUGACUGGCUGCAAGCGUAUAGUUGGCGCAAUUGAGGGCUGUGCCAAUCCUGGUUUGAUUGUCCCGGAAUUAAUUGAUCUUUAUAAGCAAGGCAAAUUCCCUGUCGAAAAGUUUGCUACCAUCUACGCCCCAGAUGAAAUUGAACAAGCUAUGUCGGAUCUACACUCUGGCAAAGUCAUUAAGCCCAUCAUCAAAUGGUAA